ACGUGCUUCCAUGGCAGCGUGAUGAGGAGAUGUUGGACUGCUAGGCAGAACUGGAGGUUGAGCCGGUGCAGACGAGCACGCGCCAGGGGAUGACGACGGCGGAGAUUGCAGAGCAGGUUGCGCUUAUUACGCGCGAUCCCAUCCGGUCUUCCGCACCGUCAUCUACUGAUGCCGUUUUCGAGAGACGUGCUUGCAUUUCCCGUCCAUACCCCAAGGACUAUGACUUGGAUGAGGAGCCUGCACCCGAGGGAGUAGAUGACCCUGCGCUGCCCAUCCCCAGCGAGAUCGACGAGACACAUGAGGAGGCCGAUGACGUCGAGGCGGAGACGGAGGAGUUGACAUUCUCUUUGCCUCUGCACGGGCUUCUCCAGAGAUUGGCAGUGGUUCGACAAUUGAGGUUACGAUCACCUUCCCCGGGAGUAUUGCAGGAGGAGGGGGAUGUGGCAGCAGCGGCGCAGGAGGCAUCAGGAGUCCCGACAGCGGGGGAGGAGGUUCCAAUACAGGCGACCACUGAGGAGGAGAUAGCGGCAGCGGCGCCGCAGGAGGCCGUUCCUAUGGAUCAUGACGGUGCGAAUACCGAUGAACAGCUCGUGCGGUGCUUCAUCACGGAGGAGGUCGAUCCAGUCAUGGGGGGUUUGACUCGAGGGGCGGCGAUGGAGCUGAGGAUUUCUGCUCCCACAGGGGGGGCGGGGUCAGAGAUGGGGAUGCACUUCGACUUCGACUUGUCAAUGGGCGCUCCACCUACUUGCCGCGGGGCGACAUAGACGGAUCGGGCACCAUCACGGUGUCGGGCGGCCAAAGGUCAGUCGGCCAUCCGAAUUUCGACGGAUUGGGCCUUGGAUUAAUUGUCUAAAGAGAGAUUGACCGGGGCUUUCAUCGGAGCCAUCGGGAAAAAUUAGGGGUCGGAAAGAUACCCCUAAAAUUUCCCGCGCCAAGUAUUGAAACCGACCCUUGAAAUCAACGAAAGGAACGACU